AUGGCAGAUUCGAAUUCUGCAUUUUUAAAGAAACCAGUACAACUCGUACAGGAUUAUAUAGUGUAUUAUAGCGAUUCGAAUACACCAAUUUCAAAUGUACAAAGAGAUCCGUUAAAUAAAACAAUUAAUGAUUAUGAUGGGAUAGAAAAUGUUCGGCAAAUUUCACAUACUCGAGAUAUAACAGAAAAUGUGGUUUGGGGAAUUCUUCGCAACUUGGGUAACGGCUGCGGUAAAAACAAUUCAAUUACAAACCCGAUGAAUGAAGUAGCGCUGAUGAAACGCGGUGAUUGUGCAUUCGACGAGAAAAUCGAGAACGCGAAAGGUCAAGGAUUCAUUGGGGUGAUUUUAUAUAAUAAUGUCAGUAGUUCAAAUAUUUCAAAUGUGAAUUCCUUGGAGACGGAUUUGAAGUCACCGGCCGGAUCGGUUUUUAUACCUGCUUUUUAUGUUUCCAAUGAAAUAGGAGUUCAAUUACUUUAUAGUCUAAACUUUUCAUCUAACAUUGAGAUACAAUCAAAUCAACAACACUCUGUUAGAGUGAGUUUUGAAAGAGUACCUUCUAAUUCACGUGGACCAGAUGGUAUUACGGGAAAUCGAUUCACGUAUUUUGUCGCAAUUUUUAUGACUCUCUUUGUCGCAUAUAUGCUAUUUAGAACACGUAAUCGUCGUCAACAACAAGAGGUUCAUCGGAUGACUGUUCACUUACCAAAUACACUACCGAAUACACAAAACGCCAAACAAAUCUUAUUAGAUCCAAAAAUUCUUGCUGGUUAUCCUUCUAAACCGUACUCCUCUCAUAAGAAAACGACAGAAUAUAAUCAUACGUCAUCGUCAUCAUCACUACUACCAGCAGAAGUUGACAGCAUUAAGACAAAAACUCAAUCAAUAGCAGAAAAUGAUGAUCAGCAUACUGAAACAGAUAAAAAUGCUGAUGUCGAUAAAGAACAAGAUUAUGAAACUUGUGCUGUAUGCUUGGACGAUUUCGUUGAAGCUGAGCAAGUUAAAGAGUUGCCGUGUGCUCAUAUAUAUCAUCCGAAUUGUAUAGGUAUGGAUAAUUUGGUAAAUUUUUUUGUGUCAUUAAUACUCUCUGAAAUAAUUUUACUUUGUGCCCCCGUCAAAAAAGAGCAAUGGUUGACUCAAGUGUCUGGUAUUUGCCCAAUGUGUAAAUAUGAUUGUGUUAAUCAGAAUUCGAAUGAAACGGUGGAAGAAAAUAAUGAUGCUAAUAAGGACGUUGUGAUUUCGAUAAAUGACGGCGAGCCUCCUGUUAUUCCCGAAUCUUCAGCUCAACAAAGCACAUCAGUGAUGACAAUUAAUAUUGCUGCUGAUUCUCCUGGAGAGUCUUCAGAAUCCAAAAGAUCGCGGAAACUAAGAACUCGGGAAGAGGAUAAUGAUAAUAAAGAAGAGAAAGAUGACGGCGUCCAUAAUGUUGAUGUGGGCACUAGCAAUAUUACCACGGAUCCGAAUGAGCAUGCAGGAGAUGAAAUGACACGACCUGAAAAGGUCUUGACCGUCACUCAAUUAUGA